AUUACAUCGGGAUCGGGAUUUCGUCAUUAGUGUAAUGUUUUCCUGAAAAUCGAAAGAAAUCUGACAAAAAUGGGAGGGCUGUUUUCCAAAGAGAAGAAAACUAAACAACAUGAGUCUAAAGUUACCGAACAAGAUAAAGCUAUUUUGCAACUAAAACAACAAAGAGACAAAUUAAAACAGUAUCAAAAGAAAAUAGCAGUGCAGAUAGAGAAAGACAGAGAAGUUGCAAAAUCAUUGCUCAAAGAUGGCAAAAAAGACAAAGCCAAGCUCAUUCUAAGAAAAAAGAAAUUCCAAGAAUCAUUGAUAGAAAAAACUGAUGGACAGUUAGAGAAUAUAGAACGAAUGGUUCAUGAUAUUGAGUUUGCUCAAAUUGAGACCCAAGUUGUUCAAGGUCUGAAAGUGGGUAACGAUUCCCUGAAAAAGUUACAUGAGAUCUUGUCACUGGAGGAUGUGGAAAAAAUAAUGGAUGAAACCAGAGAAUCCAUUGAUUACCAGAGAGAGAUAGAUGAGCUUCUAUCUGGUGGUCUAACUGCACAAGAUGAGGAUGAUGUUCUGGCUGAAUUAGAAGAAAUUGUCAAGGUGGAUCUGCCUGAAGUCCCACAAGAUGAGCUUCCUGAGAUAGAGGAGCAAAAACGAAAAGACAAGCCACAGAAGACUCGACAAGAACCAGAGGCAAUGUUAGCAUCCUGAUGUGAAUCCAAGAACUGUAGGAUAAUUCUGUGAUAUGAACACCAGAUAAUAACAUCUGCAAUUUUUUCUGACCAUGUUUAAGAUAUUGUCAAGUUUAUGACUAUCAAAUUGCAUUAUUUAUAUAUAUAACUAAUCUAAAGCUACUCAAGUCUUUAUCUUUGUACCAUUAUCAUGGGAUUUUAAGAAUAAACUCUUGUGGUGAGUUUUAUGUUUACUCACUGAGCACAGGGAAGACUAAGUACUGGUUUCUCUUAAAGCAAUUGAUUUAAUAUCUAGAAUUUCCACCUUCUUUGAUAAGGUCGUCUUUUUUUUUAUUGAUCAAAAGAUCAUAAGAAAGAAAGACAUUUUGCAUAAUAAAAGAGUUAAUUCAUUUAAAAGAAAUAAAAUUGAAAUUUUUCAUUCUGUUGUUAACUGUAGCAUAUGCUAGCAAACAACAAAUAAGAAGCAUCAGGCCACAAGUCUUUUUUAUUUUUCAUUUCUUUGAUAUGUUGAAGAUUUCUGUAAUCUAAGUCUGCUCAUGAUUCAUCCUUGAAACCAUGAGCUUUUCUAUGGCAGAAUAUUGGUUUUUACAUUUUUCUUAUAUUAUCUAUAUUUUGUUACCAUGAAUGGAAUGUACAAUCAUGUAUGUACAGUGUAAUAAUAUGUAUGUUUUGAAAUUGAACAUGAUAUUAUACAUUAUCAUUAUUACAUAUAAUUGUGAAUAAAGGUUAAUGAUAUGAA